AUGGUUCCUCGCAGCCUCCUGCUUCUGGGAGUUGUAGCACCGUUCGUGCUAGGGAAUGAUAUCAACGCUUUGAAGUCUGCUGCUGCCCAAGAUGUGAACCAGCAGGCCGCUGAUGCUACCGGUGCAGUCGAGACCUUUGGCGCGAAGCUCCACCGCCACCUCUCGCCCGCCAACUGGCUCAAGAAUGCCGGCCCCACAGGCAUCGACGCAGACGGCAACCGUCGUCUGUCCUGGAACUACGGCCACGGUUCGAGCGACAGCGGCGGUGGUUCGAGCGACAGCGGCGGUGGUUCGAGGGACAGCAGCGGCGACGGUUCGAGCGACAGUGGUAGCUCGAGCGACAGCGGUGAUGAACCAGGCCCCAGCCACGACUCCGGCGGCGGUAAGUGA